AUGGCAACAACAACAACAUCACAAACCACAGACACCACAUCGUCCCAACCCCAAGUCGCUGCCUCGACCCUAGACUUCCUCCUUAUAGAACUAGUCCCCUUAGCCCAACGCAUAGCCACCGACCUGCACGCCCGCGACACCGCUCUCCUCUCUUCAUCCCUAGAGCGAAACAUGACUCUCAACACCUCCACCCUCGCACCUUCUGCGCCAACCACAACCCUCAGCACAGAAGGCCUUGCGCCCCACGACUCAACCUCCUCCUCAGAAGAUCACUCUGCAAUCCAAGAAUCCACGUUGCACCGCUUAGACACCCUAGGCUACCGCGUGGGUCUCGGUCUCAUCGAAAAGCUCUCUGCGCAAUCGGCUCGUCCGACCACGCCUUUGGACAUGAUCAAGUUUAUUUGCAAGGAUUUGUGGCAGGUCGUGUUUCGAAAGCAAAUCGACAAUUUGAAAACGAAUCACAGGGGCACUUUUGUGCUGACGGAUAACAAGUUUAUGGCACUGGGGAGGAUGAGUGUUGAUAGAGGAAGGGGGCCCAGGGGAACUGAGGAAGCGUUGGGAGCUGCACAACCGUUCCUCUACUUCCCCUGCGGUAUAAUUCGCGGCGCCCUCUCAGCAUUCGGUCUAAACGUCACCGUACACGCAGAAACCUCCGAACUUCCUCAAGCGAUAUUCCAAAUCCGCACCGUGGGCUCGAAACCGUAG